UCUGUACCCCUCCCGGGGCCGAAGACUCUGGCUGCCGCUGGUGGCCGGCGGGCCAAGUAGGAUUUCCGGGGGAAACUACUGUGGAGGCUAAGGAGGCGGUGGCGGCGACCCCGAAACUAUACCCUACCUCUCUAAACUGGUUAAUAGUGGCAUGGAAGAUCCAUUUGUGUGCACCCUGGAAUGACAGGCAUUCCUGUGUGAAGAGAGCCAGCGUGAAGACGUAUUUAUAAGAACCUCAAGUGCCCAGGCCGGGAUAGAGGGAAAGAGAAACUCCGGCAGAUUGACCUCAUGCCAUUUCCUGAUGUUUGGCAGUGACACUGAGAGAGGAGUGCACGUUCCCUCCUUAUGUGGAUUUAUCUUUUAAGAAAAAUUCGCUUUGGUCCGGGACAGUUUGUUGUCGUGAGAUACAUCAGACAAUAUAAUCAUGGGGCAAGCUGAUGUCUCCAGACCGGUAAAUCCAGAUGCAAUUGCAGAGGAAGCAGGCCAGCCCACUGCCGACCCAGGCAUGAUCAUGGACAGUGUGGAAGCGGGAGGAGACACGACGCCUCCCACCAAAAGGAAGAGCAAGUUCUCAGGCUUUGGCAAGAUCUUCAAACCCUGGAAAUGGCGGAAAAAAAAAAGUAGUGAUAAAUUCAAAGAAACAUCAGAAGUUUUAGAGCGAAAAAUCUCUAUGCGAAAACCGAGAGAAGAGCUGGUUAAAAGAGGGGUUCUGUUGGAAGAUUCUGAACAGGGUGGUGAGGAUCCAGGGAAGCUGAGCUAUGCCAUGUUAAAGAAUGGCCAUACCACCCCCAUAGGGAAUGUCAGAUCUUCUAGUCCUGUUCCAGUAGAGGAGGAGCCAGGAAGAAUAGAAAGUCUUGGGAAACCUGUUCCAGAAGAGGACCCAAAGAAGCGACUAGGCUCAACUGGAAGCCAGCCUAAUUCUGAAGCAGAGUCUGUUCCUGAGAAUGCACCCAAACAGCCUUUAAUUCCCCCUAAAAGACCAUUGUCCUCUUCUCAUGAAGCAAAUGAAGGGCAAGCAAAGGAUUCCACUCCCUGUGUGAACACAGCAAGGUCCAUCUCCUCCAUCUCUACUGCCGCCGCCACCACAGCACCUGCUGCCACUGCUACCACCACAAACCUACCAAAAACUGUUAUUAAUUCCUCUGUCCCCCCUUCCCCAGCACCCAGGACUCUGCCUGCUGCUCCUGCCAGCACUAACACUACUGCUACCCCAAGCCUCCCUCAUACAGUCCCUGCCAAGCAGCCCCCUGUUCCUCCCCCUAAACCAACUCACAGAAAUAGCAACCCUGUCAUUGCAAUAAACAGUGGUACAUUGUUGUCAAAACCAUCCCCACCCUUACCACCUAAGAGAGGCAUUCCAUCAACCUUGGUACCCACCUCGGAGUCUGCCACUGCCGCCGCUGCCACCACCACCACCACAAAAGCACCAAGUGAUCAGAGAGAAAAGAGCACAUGCUCUGUGGGCUCCGAACAGCUGCUGCUGAUUCCACCUCCCUCUCCAUCCCCCCCACUGCCUACUCAUAUACCUCCAGAACCCCCACGGUCCCCUCUGUUCCCUGCUAAGACUUUUCAAGUUGUGCCAGAAACUGAGUUUGCACCUUCCUUAGAUCUACCCCAGGAGGUUCCCCAGCAGGAAGAACAGAAAAAAGAAGUAUCCAAGAGAAUGUUGGACCACAGCUUUGGGGAGCCCCCUGUACCCUCUAGGCUGCCCCCACUCCCACUGCAUCUCCGAAUCCAGCAGGCCCUGACCAGCCCACUUCCCAUCACUUCUUCCUUGGAGGGCUCUCACAGAGCUCAUUCAUUGCUCUUCGAGAACAGUGACAACUUUUCUGAGGACAGCAGUACCCUGGGUCGUACCAGGUCACUUCCCAUCACUAUUGAAAUGCUGAAAGUUCCAGACGAUGAAGAAGAGGAAGAGGAGCAAACCCACCCAUCUGCGUUCAGUGAAGACAUACCACCUACCUCAGUCAUUCCUAAACUACCACAGUGUCUGCAGGAGGAAGAGGAAGAGAAGGAGAGCGACUCAGACUCAGAAGGUCCCAUUCAGUACCGAGAUGAAGAGGAUGAAGAUGAAAGCCAGAAUAGUGCUCUGGCCAACAAAGUGAAGAGGAAAGACACACUGGCAAUGAAGUUGAACCACAGACCCAGUGAACCAGAACUGAACUUGAAUUCUUGGCCUCGAAAAAGCAAAGAGGAGUGGAAUGAAAUACGGCACCAGAUUGGGAACACACUGAUCCGACGACUGAGUCAAAGACCAACACCAGAAGAACUAGAGCAACGAAAUAUACUACAACCUAAAAAUGAAGCUGAUCGUCAGGCAGAAAAACGAGAGAUUAAACGUCGGCUCACUAGAAAGCUCAGUCAAAGGCCAACUGUGGCUGAACUACUUGCCAGGAAGAUUCUGAGGUUUAAUGAAUAUGUGGAGGUAACAGAUGCUCAAGAUUAUGACCGGCGAGCUGACAAACCUUGGACCAAACUGACCCCUGCUGACAAGGCUGCCAUAAGAAAAGAAUUAAAUGAAUUCAAAAGCUCAGAGAUGGAGGUGCAUGAAGAGAGCAAACAUUUUACACGCUACCAUCGUCCAUGAUGCUGAAGUUUGAGAGUGGAACUAAACAACCCCCCAAAACAGGGCUACUUUGCUGCUUAAAUCUCCAGAAUGACAUGGCAGGAACUUCAGCGCUUACCAGCACAGCCAGAUUUGAGUCUUCUGGGGUGAACAGCACUUCUAUGAAUGUAGUGUUUCACUGGAAUGGAUUCUCAUGUUCUGCCUUGAAGCAAAACUGAACACUGACAGUGCUUUGAACCUUUUAAUAUUGCAGCAUGCUUUGGGGUCUUCCCUCACCAGCCACAAACGUUCUGGGCCACUUGUAGGUUCCAAGUUUUAUUGGCUGCACUACACCCUCGCCCCAAGAUGACUGCCUGUGCUGAGGCACAGUUCCUACCAUUAGCCUUACCUGCUCUGUCCUGGUUGUGAGAUCCACUUGUGUAGGCGCUAAAUCCCAGCCAUCGAAUCCAAUUGGUGGUGGGGAAAACCGAGAGGGCCCCAACCUUCUAGCAAAGAGGCCCCCACUUCCAGGUAAGCCUUCCUACCACACUGGCAUGUCAGCAUUGCACUAUACCUCUUGUAACACAGCAAUAGUCUCUUCAGCCAGUCCAGCCUGAAAGAAGCUCAGGAUCUGACAAGUGCUUCCUGAUUUUUUUCUUCUUUUAAUCUUGAAGAAGUGAUGGAAACUUAGGUUCAAUCUGACCUGCAACUAGAUUCCAAGUUGGGGAAAUGCAAAAGCAUGUAUGUUUUCUAUAUACAAAACCAAAAAAAGCUUUUUUGUUAAUGCCAGCCUGGCAAAAAACUGACUCGUGGCUUAAAUGUUAAAAGCUGUCAUACAUCCUUUGUACAAACUGACUCGUGGCUUAAAUGUUAAAAGCUGUCAUACUUCCUUUGUACCAAAUGAUACUGUAAAUCAUUUGACCAAUAGAUGUAUUCUCCUCCAUAAAGUAGAGUUGUAGCAACUCUGUGGAAGCAUUGGUAUUGUUGGCCCCGCACUUCCAGCCAGAAUCACAGCGAGGUCCUAGGGAUGCUAAAUGGGAACAGUCUUUGGAGAAGCAAUUAGGAGAGGCACAAGCAUGACUGCUCCUCUCCUCCUCGACACAAAUGUUUGUCCUUCUGCUGUCCCUCUGCCAGCUUCCACCUCCCUCAUCCCCCCUCUUCCAAGCUGGAGCCAGUGUAUAAUUGGUGCCUGGGCUUUGGCUCAGCCCCUAGCCCCCCUUUUUUUUAUAAUAUAUAUUAAUACGAUUUUCUAAAACAGAAGAUUCAGUUGCUUUCUUUGAAUUUUUAUGAAAACCUUACAUCCUCACUAUUUCCCUCUAAUUCCUAUCCACACUAAAUGGAACAGGAAAAAAAGUUUCUAACUGAUGAAUGUAGCUUUUUUUUCUUUGAUGUUCAGAGAAUUGUGGCUGUUUUAUAGAUUUCUUCUGCCAUCCCCAUUGUUCUCUAUGUAAUCUUUCAGUAGCUUUUUCUUUUUUUCUUCUUUAUGUCCAUGUAUAAUUUGCUGAAGAAUGAGAAUGUCAUGUCAAAACAAAAAAGGUAAAGUGACCUUAAAAGAUAUUGUCCUUUCUCUGUAUGGGUAAUAGGAGGUAUUGGAUUUCUCAGCUACUGUCACAUGCUUUAUGGCUAUGGAAAUAUACUGGGUUCACCUCUCCUUGAAACUAAUUAGCAUUUGGUAUGAUUGAGGGAAAGAUAAAUGACAACUCUACAAAGUUGUUAGAGAUCUGUGUUGUUAGGGACCAUACAUUAACUGCUAACUUGACUUCUAACCUUUCUGUCUUGUUAGUUUGGAGAUUACUUGGCUUAUGCCAGAAUUCUCUGUGGUUUAAGAUGACAUUUUCAAACCCUUUACUGCCUGUCUUUCCCUUAAUGUGCCAAGCUUGAAAUAGGAUUUAAUUUUCUGAGAUACUUGUCUGCUUUUGUGUGCCACCAAGAAAUUUAAUCAUCUUUCAUCUCAUGUUCUUUUGAAACAAGAUACUUUGGGGGUCAAGUCUUUUCAGGUGUUAUAUAUAUGUAUAUAUAUAAAGGAUUUUGUGUCCUUUCCAUGUAAGUAACAAUUCACAAUCAUAAUGUAUAGAAGAAAUAAAAUCCUGAUGUAUUGUACUUCAAAAUGCUUCCGUGAUGUACAGAAUCUCCUUGUAAAAUAAAUAAUUGCAUUGUAUAUCA